AUGACAUUUGUAAGAGAUAUUUGUCAAGAGGGCAUGACAUUUGUUAGAGAUAUUUGUCAAGAGGGCAUGACAUUUGUUAGAGAUAUUUGUCAAGAGGGCAUGACAUUUGUAAGAGAUAUUUGUCAAGAGGGCAUGACAUUUGUAAGAGAUAUUUGUCAAGAGGGCAUGACAUUUGUAAGAGAUAUUUGUCAAGAGGGCAUGACAUUUGUAAGAGAUAUUUGUCAAGAGGGCAUGACAUUUGUAAGAGAUAUUUGUCAAGAGGGCAUGACAUUUGUAAGAGAUAUUUGUCAAGAGGGCAUGACAUUUGUAAGAGAUAUUUGUCAAGAGGGCAUGACAUUUGUAAGAGAUAUUUGUCAAGAGGGCAUGACAUUUGUAAGAGAUAUUUGUCAAGAGGGCAUGACAUUUGUAAGAGAUAUUUGUCAAGAGGGCAUGACAUUUGUAAGAGAUAUUUGUCAAGAGGGCAUGACAUUUGUAAGAGAUAUUUGUCAAGAGGGCAUGACAUUUGUAAGAGAUAUUUGUCAAGAGGGCAUGACAUUUGUAAGAGAUAUUUGUCAAGAGGGCAUGACAUUUGUAAGAGAUAUUUGUCAAGAGGGCAUGACAUUUGUUAGAGAUAUUUGUCAAGAGGGCAUGACAUUUGUUAGAGAUAUUUGUCAAGAGGGCAUGACAUUUGUAAGAGAUAUUUGUCAAGAGGGCAUGACAUUUGUAAGAGAUAUUUGUCAAGAGGGCAUGACAUUUGUAAGAGAUAUUUGUCAAGAGGGCAUGACAUUUGUAAGAGAUAUUUGUCAAGAGGGCAUGACAUUUGUAAGAGAUAUUUGUCAAGAGGGCAUGACAUUUGUAAGAGAUAUUUGUCAAGAGGGCAUGACAUUUGUAAGAGAUAUUUGUCAAGAGGGCAUGACAUUUGUAAGAGAUAUUUGUCAAGAGGGCAUGACAUUUGUAAGAGAUAUUUGUCAAGAGGGCAUGACAUUUGUUAGAGAUAUUUGUCAAGAGGGCAUGACAUUUGUUAGAGAUAUUUGUCAAGAGGGCAUGACAUUUGUAAGAGAUAUUUGUCAAGAGGGCAUGACAUUUGUAAGAGAUAUUUGUCAAGAGGGCAUGACAUUUGUAAGAGAUAUUUGUCAAGAGGGCAUGACAUUUGUAAGAGAUAUUUGUCAAGAGGGCAUGACAUUUGUAAGAGAUAUUUGUCAAGAGGGCAUGACAUUUGUAAGAGAUAUUUGUCAAGAGGGCAUGACAUUUGUAAGAGAUAUUUGUCAAGAGGGCAUGACAUUUGUAAGAGAUAUUUGUCAAGAGGGCAUGACAUUUGUAAGAGAUAUUUGUCAAGAGGGCAUGACAUUUGUAAGAGAUAUUUGUCAAAAUUAA